AAGACAAAUAUAUCAGUCGUGCUAGAACCGUGUUGACGAAAUCCGGAACAGAGAGUCGCGUUUUCUCCCGUAUUUCCACAGUAGAUCGAUUUUCAACUCCUCCACAACAAUGAGUUACGGAUAUCAAGGACCACAGUACCCGGGCCAAAUGCCUCCAAACGUCAUGGGGGGUCCGCCAGGCGCCCCAGGGGCCUCACCUUAUCCCAUGAAUCCUGGCGCAGGUUAUCCUCCCCCAACUGGGCAGCAGACCUACCCUGGAAUGCCACAGCCAUUUUCGUCCUAUCCUUCUACUCCUUAUCCACCUAAUCCACAGCAUUCCUCGAUGCCCUAUUCUCAGCUCCCGGGACAAGAGCAGCAAGUUCCGCAACCCCAGCAUUACCAGAUGCAGCAGAAUGCUCCACCUGGCUCUUAUGCUCCACCCACCAAUAAUCCUUACCCAGGAAAUCCGAUUCCGUAUCCCAGCCAUCCGGCUCAGCCGGUAAAUGCUGCCCAGUAUCCCGGUCGCUUUGUUCCAUUUGAUACAAGCAAUUCCACUCCUCCUUUUCCUCAGAAUACUGCAACUACGUUCCCAAGUAACACUAUCCCGCAUGCACAAGGUUCGGGUCCUUAUCCAGGUGCUUAUAAUCCUGGUGGCCAGGGAAUCGCCCCUGCAUACGCACAGCACGCUACUGCGACCUCAUUUUCUCCUCAGCAUGGAGCUCCAGUCCCACAGCAGGGGCAGCCUCAGUCUAAACUAUCCCCGACUGUAGUGCCGCAUCCUGGUUUUGAUGCAGUCGCUGAUGCACAAGCAUUAAGAAAGGCAAUGAAAGGAUGGGGAACAGAUGAGAAAACCAUCAUUAACAUCCUUGCAAAUCGGACGAAUCGUCAGCGUCAAGAAAUUGCCCUACAAUUUAAAACACUCCACGGCAAGGAUCUGAUUAAGGAUUUGAAGUCUGAAUUAUCUGGCAAUUUUGAAAAUCUGGUUGUAGCUAUGAUGACGCCAACUCCAGAAUUUUAUGCUAAAGAGCUGCAUAAUGCCAUGUCCGGCAUGGGUACAGACGAGUGUGUUUUGAUCGAGGUUCUGUGCACUCUGACCAAUCAAGAGUUACAUGUCAUCAAGCAAACGUAUCAAUCCUUAUAUGGGCAAUCUUUGGAAGACCGUUUGAGGUCAGAAACUUCAGGCUGUUUCAAACGCCUUAUGACUUCCCUCUGCUGUGCCAAUCGAGAUGAGUCGAAUUUCGUAGACCCGGCUGGAGCACAACGUGACGCUCAAGCAUUGUUUAAUGCUGGAGCUGCACAAUUCGGAACUGAUGAAUCAGUCUUCAACCAAAUUCUGGUGCAAAGAAAUAUCUCGCAAUUACAGCAAAUAUUUGCGGAAUAUGACCGCAUAGCACCUCAUGGAAUUGAAAGUGCCAUAAAAAGCGAAUUCUCUGGAGACAUUGAAGACGGUCUCCUCACAAUAGUCAGGUGUGUUAAAAAUCGCCCUGGUUUCUUUGCAAAACAAUUGUACAAGAGUAUGAGAGGAGCUGGAACUGAAGACGAUCGACUGAUUCGACUGGUCGUCACUCGUUCCGAGAUUGACAUGGGGGAUAUCAAGAGAGAAUUCGCUCGGGAGUAUAAUCAAUCUCUUGAACAAUUUAUAUCGGACGACUGUACAGGGGACUACAAGAAGUGCCUUCUUGCUCUGAUCUCUUAGACCUUGGAGAGGGUUUGCCAAAUUUUCCUUCAUUACAAAAUUAUGCAUCACCUUGCUUCACUUUUUCAGUGAGUACAUGCAGUAAUGCAUAAGUUUGUUUUCAAAAAAAUAAUAUUAUUGUCAUUUUGUGCGUUCUUUCAUUCGCUUCCAAAAUCGAUUACUAAACAAGAAGCCGAAAAAUUAGUUUUUUUGCGAUACUUU